GGUGGUGAGGUGGAGAGACUGCGGUCAAGAAGGGCACGCGUCUGUUUGGAUGCUGGGCGUGUUGAUGUGGACGGGUAUAAAACAGGUAAGACGAGGCUAGCUGACAUUCACUUCUCUUCUGUCCGUCGACGCUCCGACAACCCUCCAAGCCAGCAACAUGAAGAUGGUUGUGUUUUUCGCCUGCCUGGCCGCGGCCUCCGCCAGCACGCUGCUGCGCGCCCCCAGCCACGACUCUGCCACCAUCCAGAGCCACCGGUUCGGCGGCAACUUCGCCUACCGCUCCGACGAGGCGCAUGCGUACGCCGCCAUCAACCCGGUGGUGUCCAACGUGCGCCGAGCGGUGGGUGUCAGCUACUCGCAGGGCGCGCCGAUCGUCCGCUCCGUCAGUGUGGAGGGUCCCGCGCCGAUCGCCUACAGCGCCGCGGCGCCCAUCACCUACAGCGGCCUCGGCUACGCCGGCUACCACCUGUAGACGUCCUGUCGAGCGGGGCACCGAGCGACCGGCCUGGUCCCGCGGGGAAGCUGGCCGGCCGCUCGAGCGGCGUCGCCCCCCAGCGCGCCGCGCAAACAUGGCAUGUGCUGGUCUCUCCUCCGUCAGAAGGAUCUCUAAGGAAACUCGAGAUCACUCGCAUCAUCAAGCAAAUGUGUUUUCACGUGAUGUAUCCAUACCGAAAAGUUGUCCAUAUCUGCAAUUAUAAAUUGCAAUUUAGACUACUUAUUUGUCGCCUUUCACCUGUAUUUUCCGUUUCAUAUGCUGCUUUUCAGAUACGAGAAAGUGAACGUACUAUAUUUUAUCGUAAUAAAAUAGGUAUAAAUCCCUA